AUGGCAGAAGCUUCAGGCGUAUCUGCUGAAGCUCUCAAGAUCAAGAUCACAGAGUUAUUAAAUGCAAGUCAUGUCGAAAUUGAAGAUAUGUCGGGAGGUUGUGGACAGGCAUUCUCUGCCGUGAUUGUUUCACCGCAAUUCGAGAAGAAGACUACAUUGGCAAGGCAUAGGUUGGUGAACGGAGCGCUGAAGGCGGAGAUUGCGGCCAUCCAUGCCUGGACUCCCAAGUGCUAUACACCGGAAACAAUGGGAGAAAGCAGAAAGAGGACGGCAAGGAGGCAGUUGCGCCAGGAAAGAACACUACCGGGGAGGUUGUGGAUGGGACAACCGCUUGAGAGGGAGAAGGAAUCGGAGUUCUGGCGCAGAAUGGACCUAUACCACAGCUUCUGGGGUGAUGAUAGCAAUCGGACGGGGAGAGGAACGGGGCUUACAGGGACAAUGGGGAACGGGGAAGAAGAGCUAUGA